AUGGUUGAUUUGAGGUGCUUUCAGGAAAUAUUGCAAUUAUGCUGUCAGGUCUGCACUCGUCCAACUCAUCAACGACCCAAAGAAGCUGAAAAAAAUUAUUUUGACGAGGGCCUCGAAGGUGGAACUGGAGGCAUCGAACUGUGUCAUAUGACUCGACUUAUCCAGAAAAGAAAGGGUUUUAAUGAUGAGCAGCCACGGCAGCGACGGCACGACGUCGCCGAUUGGUGGAUGCGGUUGAUGGCGGAUACGGUUUCUUAUCCUGAAUCGUCAAUUCUCCCCUUGAUCCAGGAUUUUUUUUUGCAUCUACUUCUCUAA